CCCGCGCGCGGUGGCUCCCUGGCCACUGGGCUCCGCCGAGCAAGCGAGCGGUCAGCGCAGAGCCAGAGCCGCGCGCGUCCCGUUGCGAGGCCGACGCCCAGCCCGCGAGCAUGGCCCCCUCAGCCGUGUCGGGCGGCAGCAGCCUGCCUAGCGGUUUCGCGGUCUUCAUCACCUUCCCGGACCUGCUCUUCAUCUUCGAGUUUAUCUUUGGAGGCCUGGUGUGGAUCCUGGUUGCUUCAUCCCACGUACCCAUCCCCCUAGUUCAGGGCUGGGUCAUGUUCGUGUCCGUGUUCUGCUUCAUAGCCACCACUGCCCUACUCUUCCUGUAUGUAAUUGGUGCCCAUGGCAGCAGGACUUUCUGGAUCAACCUGGACGCAGCCUACCACUGUAUCGCCUCCCUGUUUUACUUUGGUGCCUCAGUCCUGGAAGCUCUGGUCACCAUCCGUAUGCAAGAUGGCUAUACCUACAAACAAUACCAUGAAAACAUCUCUGCCGUGGUGUUUUCAUAUGUAGUCACGCUGCUGUACGUGAUCCACGCAGUGUUUUCUUUAAUCAGAUGGAAGUCUUCCUAAAGCAGAAGAACUAUAGAUGAAAACCUGCAGAGUUUCAACUGAUUGGCCCACCUUCCAGCUAACACUUUAGAACUGAGAAAUGCUCUCAAUGGUGGAAAAAGAAAACAAACCAAAAAAAAAAAAAGCAAUGCUCUGUUUCUUUGUGGGUGUUAGGUUUAUUCUCUCAUAUACCUUCGUGUCAGAGUAGGGAGCUUGCUACAUUUAUCCUCCAACUAUUGAAUUAUUUUUCCAAGAUCGUUGCCUACUUGAAAGGGGGCAGUGGAGUGGGCAAUGGGGACCGUGAUCUGAGAGACCAGGAAACAAAGAUGCCCUGCUGACUCCAGGACUGGAUCUUGAGAACUGUCUACUGGAUUUUCCAUGGGCUCGUUUGAGUGUCCUUCUUGCAGCAAGCUUCUCUGUCUCCAGGAUAUUCUACAUAUAGAAAAUAUUCUACAGAAUAUUUUCAAGAAUAUUCUGUCAUGAAGAAUAAAACUCACCCCACAAAUAUCUGCAGAUGUCCACAGUGGGAAAUAAUAAAUGUUUGAAAUACCUUA